GAAGGAAAGCAAGCGUCUUUGGCAUCAGAUUUCUCUAUUACUCAGUUCAAACACCUUGGUAGAUUGCUGAUGGUUCAUGGACGCAACAGCUACAAGAGAUCAGCAGCUCUCAGCCAGUUUGUGAUCCACAGGAGCCUGUGUAUUAGUACCAUGCAGGCUGUUUUCUCUUCAGUAUUUUAUUUUGCUUCCAUUCCUCUGUAUCAAGGUUUCCUUGUUAUAGGGUAUUCAACAAUUUACACCAUGUUCCCAGUGUUCUCUCUUGUUCUGGACAAGGAUGUGAAGUCAGAAGUUGCAAUGCUUUAUCCAGAACUAUACAAAGAUCUUACUAAGGGUCGACCACUCUCCUUUAAAACCUUCUUGAUUUGGGUUUUAAUUAGUAUAUACCAAGGUGGUAUAAUAAUGUAUGGGGCUCUUCUGUUGUUUGAUUCGGAGUUUGUGCAUGCAGUAGCCAUUUCCUUUACUUCACUCAUUCUCACUGAGUUACUGAUGGUGGCACUCACUAUCCAAACCUGGCACUGGCUCAUGAUUGUGGCAGAACUUCUCAGUCUCAGCUGCUACAUUGCUUCUCUUGUUUUCUUGCAUGAGUUCAUCGAUGUCUAUUUCAUCAUCACCUUAUCCUUCCUGUGGAAAGUCACAGUAAUCACUCUCAUCAGUUGUCUUCCCCUGUAUGUUCUGAAGUAUCUGAGAAGAAGAUUCUCUCCUCCGAGCUACUCUAAGCUUACCUCGUAGAUGCUGAGAUGUGGAUUAUAAUCCAUCCCUUUAAGGAUUCACAUCCAACAACUUGGGAAGCUUAUUUGACAAUUUCAAAUACUACUGAUGCACUAAAGUUAUAACUGUGACACUCAUGACCAACUGAUGAAUAACAAUUGUCCAGCAGACACUACCAGAGUUGCAACAUAAUGCUUCAGAGUCAUUAGUUUUAACUGCAACUAAAGUCAAAAAGGGAAUCAUGGUACUGUACAAAAGUAAGUCAGUCAGAAAAAAAAAAUGCUUAAAGAAAAAGGAACACAACCCGCUCAAUGAAAUCGUGGUUAAGCCACCAAUACAAAAUAAUUUAAAAUUGUCCCUCUUUAAUCAUUGUUUUACUUUGUUUGUGACCUUUUUCCACUAUCGUUCAGGACUUAAACAAAUUGUUGAUAUGUUUCUAUUCUCCAACUAAGUUGUACCUAUAGACUACAUGAAUUAACAUAUUUUCUUCAAUGUUUCAACCAUGUCUGUGUGUUUUCACCUUAGUUACAGGUUACAAAGGUACAGCAUCUCUUUAAUUCAGACUGAUGAUAGAAUCCCUUCUUCAAAAUGGUGAUUAAAACACUGUUUCACUGUGAGUGCCAUGGGGCCUCUUUCCAUGUGGGCUGUGGUAAUGAACACACAAGAACAAAUUCUUCAUCUAUGUUAGAACACUUAAUUCAUAAAUUGAUAUGUUCAUAGAGUCAGUGUACUUUCUAUUUUGUUAUAAAUACAUCUGUGUUUUGAAUGUGUCAUAGAUCACACGUGCACUUUAUAACCAGUGUAAGUUUUCCUAUAGUAAGGUACCCAGAAUGGCAAUUACGUACAUUUCCAGUUCUGUGUUCAGAAGGUUUUUUUUUUGUAGUAUCUCUCAGUUCAGAUAUCUGUUGCUUUGAUGAACGAGUCAAGAAUGCUGACUUAAACUUUCUAUAAAAUAAUUGCGAAGCCACAUUUUCUUUUCAUCACAUCUACUCCUACUUUUAAAUAAUAGUAGCUCUAAAAGGACUAGUUUCGCCUUCCCAGCCAUGAUUGUUUGUUUUCAUGGCUCUCUCUUCUUGACAUGAUAAAAGAGAACUGUAAAAAGAACAGAGUAAUUGUGUCAGGAGUGCUCUCAUAAAAACAUUUUUAAUUGUAAAUUGAGUGAUAAAAGUGGAUACUGGUUAUUUAAAGAUGAUACUGUGCCCUGGUGAUUCUGGAGUGAAAAGUGAGUAUAGUUAAAUCAUAUUGCAUGGUACCAUCCCUUCUGCUCAGUAAAAUUGAACUUGUGCGAGGUAAAAUAUAUGUCACUUUUUAUUAUACAGUGGAAACCUAUACACAUCAAUCACACUAAUCAU